AUGCCGUCGACAUUGGCCCUCCUCAGCUGUCUCUUACUGUCCCUGACAUGGCCAGCAAGAGUCAAGUCAAUGGGUGCGGCCCGCCUGGCGGAGCUCCGGAAAUCAACGGUUGAGGUCUUCCAGCAUGGCUUCAACAACUACAUGCAGCACGCUUUCCCGGAGGACGAGCUACGGCCCGUCUCAUGUACGCCUCUUUCCCGCGAUCCGGCGAACCCAGGGAACUACGACCUGAACGACGUCCUCGGCAACUACUCCCUUACCCUUCUCGACAGCUUGUCGACCCUCGCCAUCCUCGCCGGCACGCCCUCCGACGACCAGACGGCAGAAUGGGCUCUCAAAGAGUUCCAGGGCGGGGUAGAAAAGUUUGUGCACUACUACGGGGACGGACGGCGUGGCCCAUCGGGCCAGGGUAUACGUGCGCGCGGGUUCGACCUCGACAGCAAGGUCCAGGUCUUUGAGACCGUCAUCCGAGGGGUGGGCGGCCUUCUGAGCGCCCACCUCUUCGCCGUCGGGGAGCUCCCCAUACCUGGCUAUGAUCCAGAGCAUGCAGGGCUGAACGACGACCAUGACGACGACUCGGAUCUGCUGGAGCUGGCCCCCAUCCCGUGGCCGAGCGGCUUCCACUACGACGGCCAGCUCCUGCGACUGGCCCUCGACAUGGCAGAACGGCUGCUGCCGGCCUUUUAUACGACGACUGGUCUGCCAUAUCCGCGUGUCAAUCUGCGCCAUGGCAUUCCCUUUUACAUCAACUCACCCCUGCAUAAGGUUUCGCCCAACGACCCUGACUCGACGCAGAAGUACCCUGAGAAGACGGACACGUGUGCGGCGGGCGCCGGCAGCUUGGUGCUCGAGUUUACCGUCCUCAGCCGCCUCACCGGCGACCAGAGGUUCGAGCAUCUAGCCAAACGCGCCUUCUGGGCUGUCUGGAAGGGCAAAAGCGAAAUCGGCCUGGUCGGCAACGCCAUCGACCCCGAAAGGGGAGACUGGGUCAACUUUGACACGGGCAUCGGCGCUGGCGUCGACAGCUUCUUUGAGUAUGCUUUGAAGAGUCACAUUCUGCUGUCCGGCCACGACCUUCCCAAUGUCACCGCGCGCGCGCCGACGACGUCAGACCGUCAGUGGCUCGACCCGAAUACGUUGCACACCGAACCUUUGACUCCCGAGGAACACACCGCGGGAGCUUUUCUCGAGGCCUGGCAUCAGGCGCAUGCGGCUAUCAAACGCCACUUGUACAACGACGCUCACCACCCGUACUACAUGACAGGUCACAGGACCCGGGGCUACCCUUUCACGGCCUGGAUCGACAGUCUGGCGGCAUUCUAUCCCGGCCUGCUGGCCAUGGCUGGCGAGGUUGCGGAGGGUGAGGAGGCGAACCUUCUCUAUACUGCACUCUGGACUCGCUAUGGUGCCCUGCCAGAGAGAUGGUCGGUUCGAGAGAGGCAGGUCGACUCUGGAAUCGGCUGGUGGCCCGGGCGACCCGAGUUUAUCGAGUCGACAUACUAUCUGUAUCGUGCCACCGGCGACCCGUGGUACCUGCACGUUGGCGAGAUGGUCCUUGCGGAUAUCAAUCGUCUCUGCCGGACCAAGUGCGGCUGGUCGGGGCUCCAAAAUGUCGACACGGGCGAAAAGGCAGAUCGGAUGCAGAGCUUCUUCUUGGGUGAAACCACGAAGUAUCUUUAUGUUCUUUUCGAUCCUGAACACCCGCUUAACAAACUCGAUGCCGCUUUCGUCUUCAGCACCGAAGCCCAUCCGCUCAUCAUUCCGGGGCAGCGAGCUUCGAGGCGCGGUCAGAAAACAAGAAAGAAGAAGAAACCGCAGGUGAACCGUCUCGUGAAGGGCGUCAAGGCGUACCACGAUGAGCAUUACACCAACACUUGCCCGGUUGCCUCGAGGCCUCCAUUGACGGGCUCGGCCAUGGCCGCACGCGCCGACGUGUUCCAAGCCGCCAGCUUCGUCAACCUGCAUACGGUCGCCAACCCUCACAGUGGCAUGAAGCUAGUCCCAACCUUCAAGGGGUCCAACGAGACUGUUCUCCGAUACAAGGAGAACCACACCUUCUUCCCCUGGACGCUGCCUACUUCGAUGGUCCCGGACAACGGCACCUGCGCGGCUCUCACGUUCAAGCCAACCCUUGUCAUCGAGUUUCCCUCGACAAACCAACAGGGCAGUGCGCUGAACCAGCUGUUUGCGAAUACGGCAGCAUUCAAGACCCUUUAUGGCGCCAAGAUCACCUCGCUGAACGGCUUAAAGAUUACUUUUAUCAAGGAGGAGUCCUUUGCGCCGAACUACGACCACACCUGGCGCGUCACGCACGUCAAUCACAUAGCUCUCGGCAAGGAUGAGAUCGUACACAUCGAUGGCGACAUGCUCUCCGAUAUCAAAGACCCCCUCUUCAAUCGUGUUCGCUACACGCCGUACGUCGACCUCAUGAUUAUCUACGGAGAACCUCCCUCGGAGAACACCACAGCAGAGACCCCACUCGAAACGGUCGAAGUGGCGCUCGACGAGCACGGCAACGAGAUACACCUGAGCGAGGAGGCGUCCUCGUGGCUGGAACGCGACGCCGAGGCACCGGACUCGCUCGACCCCUCCUACGGCUCCAUGCUCAAGAGCCUCGUCCGCGCAGUCACCUCCGUCUUCGACCCGGCCAACACGCCCUCGCCCGACGACGGCCCCGCGGGCGCCAGCCGGCGCACGCUGCACAUGGAAACCUACAAAGCCGCCCUGCCCGUCGGCAUCGGCGCCGUGCCCCUCCCCGACGUCCGCGACGCGCCCCUGGCCCCGGCCACGGCGCCGGACGAGAACACGCCCGCCGCCCAGCUCCACCUGCCCUGGCACACCGUCUACCUCGCCGGCCAGGGCUGCACCGCCCGCCUCCCGGACGCCAUCCCGCGCAACCACCACGUCAUCGCCCUGCGCCGCGGCGGCUGCUCCUUCAGCGCCAAGCUCGCCAACAUUCCCGCCGUCACGCCCACGGCGCACUCGCUCCGCCUCGUCGUCGUCGUCAGCGACCCGCACGAGGACGGCCUCGGCGACGACGUCGACGACGACGACGCCGUCUACGGCGGUCACGUCGAUCGCCCGCCCUGGGACGCCGCCCAUGACAUUGUCAAGCCGCACCUCGAGGACGAGCAGCGCACACCUGGCGGCAUGCCGCGCCACCGCCCGCUCAGCCUGGUCAUGAUCCGUGGCGGCCAGACGGCGUGGGAGCAGCUCGGGCGCGCGAGGGGCGUCGGCGUCCGGAGAAAGUAUGUCAUUGAGACCCAGGGUCGGCGGGUGGACAACAUCAUCGUGCUCUGA